AUGUCGGUAGCACGCACCAUGACCCAAGGCCGUCUACUUCGACUACCUCCCGAAAUACUUCUCCUCAUGACGGAAGAUGAUUCUCUCAAGUGGGAAGAUCUUCGAAGACUUCGCCAUGUCUGCGCCUUCUUCUUCCACAGUCUGGGCAAGCGAGUGCUCAAGGACAGGGACCUUUUCUUCUUUCGCAACGCAUGCAUGCACGCCGACGUGAAUAUAUUGAUUGAGUGUCUGAAUAGAGACUCCACUCCAACUAGUGCUGAUUGGGAAUGCCCUCAUCGUUCAGCAGGCGACUAUGUGGUCGAUGGAUUCCGGGCUGGGAACUUCUCUGUUGAAGGAUUCAAGCACACCUGGCAGUGGUUGUCCGACCAUGGAUACGAGCUUAGUUACUCGAAAGGUGUUACCGAUGACACUCCCGAGCAUUACCGCCCAUUCUCUGCGGAUCUACUGUACAUGGUAUGGGACGCCACUGAUGCCGGACACCUUCAAGCAAUUUGCGAUGUCAUCCACUUCAUCGUCGCUAAGGGUAUGAUGUUUCCAAGGUCUCCAGACUACUCGUGUAACUUCAAGUGGGGGCCACGAUAUCGAGGUUUGAUAGUUUUUAUGCUGAGUCCGUAUUGCCCAGCUUCCAUCUUGAAGCUGUUCUUGAAGCAGCUCGAUGGCCAAGGCUUGACCCUGAAGAGUCCCGUCAACAGUCAGAUCUAUGAAGACAAAACGACGGAGAUCUACACGUUCUUUUGGGAGAUGUAUAGAUACAUUUUCGAUUCACUUCCCCCUUGGUCGCCAAUGAUUGAGGGGAACAAGGCCAGGGUACUGCUCAGACUAGAGGAUCCCAACGGAAUAGCAGACAAUUUCGGAGACAAAGUCAAGGCGCUGAUCGAAUACAACUCGGUCGAUGAAGGCAAAGCGCGGGUCUGGAAGGACAUUUGGUAA